AUGGUGUUUGCGCAGAAGAGGCUGGGGGAGGGUGUUUGCGCAGAAGAGGGGACUCGCUGCCAGUCCGGCGUGAAUGACAAAGUGUGUGAGAAUCGCCAUCCAGAGGUUCUUUGGGCUCAACGCACUGAUAAGGUUUACCUGACUAUUGCUUUGCCUGAUGCAAAAGAUAUUUCGGUGAAAUGUGAGCCACAGGGUUUGUUUAGUUUCUCUGCUGUGGGUGUGCAAGGUGCACCCUUUGUCUUCAGUAUAGAGCUUUACGGAAAAAUUGUACCUGAGGCUUGUAAAACUAAUGUUGGCUUGAGGAACAUAUUAUGCUCAGUCCAAAAAGCAGAGAAAGGUUGGUGGCAAAGACUACAAAAGUCGGAAGAAAAACCUGCUCCUUACCUUAAGGUUGAUUGGAACAAAUGGUGUGAUGAAGAUGAGGAGGAGUCAACUGAUUGUAAGUUUAUGUAG